AACGCGACAGCCUGUCUAAUUUUUCUUUUGGCAGUAUGUUGACAGUCAGCAAGACGACCACAUGUCAAGUUUAAAAACUGAUUUGUUGAAAACUUCCGGGACAUUUAAUGUCCUUGUUGGAGUGACAGGAAGCGUUGCAGCCUUGAAACUGCCUCUUUUGGUCUCCCAGCUUCUUGAACUCUCCGGGGUGGAUGUACGAGUAGUCACUACAGAGCAUGCCAAGCACUUCUAUAAUUCUGCUGAGGUCUCAGUCAAAAUCUACAGUGACAAGGAUGAAUGGGAGCUGUGGAAACAGAGAUCUGACCCUGUGCUACACAUUGAGCUAAGGCGUUGGGCAGACCUACUUGUCAUUGCCCCUCUUGAUGCCAACACUCUUGGAAAGAUUGCUAGUGGUAUUUGUGAUAAUCUGCUGACGUGUGUGGUAAGAGCCUGGGAUACCAGUCGUCCUCUUCUCUUCUGCCCUGCAAUGAACACAGCUAUGUGGCUGCAUCCUAUUACAGCCCAGCAGGUAUCCAGACUGAAAGAGUUUGGAUAUGUGGAAAUCCCCUGCGUUGCCAAAAAGCUAGUGUGUGGAGAUGAAGGUAAAGGUGCCAUGGCAGAAGUAUCGACAAUUGUCAGUCUUGUCAAAGAGUAUCUUCAGAAACCAGAUGAGUCAUCUUUGGAGGCAUGAACGUCAUAUUGUACAUCCAAGCAAACACCAAAGGCCAAAGCAAAACAAACACUAUGCCUUGUUGUCGGAUUUGUCAAACUGCCACGGUCCAACACACCCAUGGUAAACUCAUUUACUUGCUUUCACCUGUUUUACUUCAUAAAUUCACUUCUUAGAAUGUGUGGGUGUGUCCAGAACAUCAUUGACUGACAUCUCUCUAAAUCCUCUUUUGGUAUUGUUAAACCUGUUGGGGCACAGCGGCUUUACAUUUCAAAGACGUGCAUGGACUUUUUCAACAUUAAUUCCCAUCAUAUCACCUCUGGAGCCUGAUCAGCCCAGAGGUUAAAAACAAAAAAGUUGGUAGUGUGAGACAUUAAUUUUUAGCUGUCACCAUCAGUUUUUUGAGGUACAUUUUAAACAGUUUUGUGUUGUUUUUUUGUAUAUUUAUUUUGUUUAGAUAGUAACACAUUAUUUGAUAUCCCAAGUAACAUAAAAGAUAAGGUAGCAACAGCUGCAUCUCUCAGAGAUGACAUGAAAGUGCGUUUUGUAUUAUGCAUUUUUUCCUGACUUGAACAGACAGUUUGAGCCUGUUUACGAUGUGCUUGACUUGUUUUUCCUGGAAAGGCUUUCCUCUGAAUUUACCUUUGAUUGUUUAUUCUUUUUGUUUAAUGUUAGCUGACGUAUUCAGAUGUAGAUAUAAGGAUAAUGAAAACUGCUACAUUGCCACAUUACUGUUUGCUAAGUACCACCCUAAAUGAACAUCUAAUAAUAUACCUGUUAAAAAGACCAUAUUUAUACUCCGAGCUGUAAAAUGUGUGAUUAUACAUUUUGUUUCUUUGCUAAAGGAACUGAAAAUUUUGUCAUUAUCAAAGGUAAAGAGACAAAAGUGCAACAAGUUAAAAUUUCAGUCACGUAUUCCCAUCAGAUUCAUGAAAGCCAUUGUAAUUUGGGGUUUUCUAUGGGUUUUAAUUAGUUCUUUGAAGUGUUCUUUUUCCAGGAUCGAUUAUUGAGCAUAAUCAAUCAUAUCAGACAUACAGGAUGUGUCUUUAAUGACUUUAAAAAUAAAACAAAACAAGAAUUGGGUGCAUGAGAAUUUCUAACUCUGGUUGUCUCUUCUUGUCGAGUUCAUUUAAAUUGGUUGUUUUCCUUUUAAGCAUAGUCCACACAUUUCCAUUAGGGUUGGGGAAGGUGAUUCCUGAAGCUUGCUUUAUCUAUUCCAAAACCAGGUGUAGUUUUUGAAUUGUUGUCCUGUCCAGCUCUUGAUUUGAGAUAAAGUUGAUGAAUUUGGAAGUAGUCCUCCUCCUUUAAUAUUCUGCCAGUAUUGCUGGAAGCAAAACAACCCUAGAGCAUGCUGCUACCACCACCAUGCUUGACAGUUGCUACAGUGUUUGUCCAUUUGAAAGCCACACCUGUGCUCCUCCAAACAUACCUCUUUAUUGUCUCAAUCUUUGUCACAUCUUUGACCAUAAAACUUUUUUCCAGAAGGCUUGUUCACAUGUGGACAGCUGCAAAUUUCAGUCGAGCUUAAAGGUGUUGCUUUUGGAGGAGGAGCUUCUUUCUUGGUUGGCACCCUCUCAGUCACUAAGAGUUGUAGUCAGUCACUAACGACGAGUUAUUAGACCUUGGCUUUGUCGACCUAAGACACUGUACAACCUUCAGCACCAAUUAUUAAAAAAUUUAAGUAAGUGCAUGUAUAUAUUUGAGCCUGUAUUUAUAUUUUGACCCUGUGUGGAUAAGAGACAAUCCAAAAUGAAUUCUUGUUUGUUUGUUUUUUAAAGUCACUGAAGAUGAGUGGUGAACAAUCAUUCCACUCUGGGAAUUUUUAAAAUAAUAAAAAGCCCAAAAUUACCAUGACAUUCAUGCCCAUGGUGUGUAUAUGUAAGCUUGGUUGUUCAUAUGGUUGUUCAUAUUUGGAUGUUUAUAUUUCUUAAAAGUGUUAUGUGUGUGAUGUAUAUA